CUAUCGUAUUCAGCGCUCAGCUAGUGGGACCAACUACCGGACAUAAAAUCGACGCCUCCGCUCUUCAAGACAGUGGAGCUGAAGGAAUCCUUCUGAAUUAUCGUUUCGCCCGCCGUCACAACCUUCCCCGUACCCGCCUUCAACGUCCCAUUCCUGUCCGCAACGUUGAUGGAUCUGACAAUGGUAUGGGGCCUAUCUGCUACACCGUCACCCAGUUACUGCGUCUGCCAUCACAGGACGGAGCGUCUUACCACGAGGAACUUAUUGAGUUCUUUGUUGCGGACAUUGGUGACCACGACCUCAUCCUCGGCACGGACUGGCUCCGCACUCACAACCCGGAAGUCGACUGGUCCAAGUCGCGCGUGGAUAUGACCCGCUGCCCCCCGGAUUGCACACUCGUUAACCCACCUGUCACCCACCUCCGCACACUCCGCCCACCAUCGUUAGGACAGCCCGUAUCAAUUGAAGAAGUUGACGACGACGAGGAUAUCCAUCUUCGUGCAUGGCAGCGGGCUUCAGCACUACCCGCCGACUCUCCCCUUCUCAUCGACACCAACAAUGACACACCUGAGCUCCUUUCCGUUCUAGUGGCACGUGGAAACCCGGUCACGAUGGAAAAUGUCCUGGACACCGAAGACAUACGCCUCCGCCUGCACCUGCGAGCUCGUUCUCUGGACACAACUCUGGAUGAGCUGCCAACAGUUGAGGAGGUAUCUGCUGUGCCGUCUAAGCCUGCAGUGUCCUUCCAACUGGAGCAGAACUAUGAAGAUGAGUCAGAGGACGUCGCUUCUAUCCCCGUAUCAGUUGAUUGGGUACUCAGAGGCCUCCAGCUCGCACGGAUAGUCCCCGACAUCGAGCACUGCACGUUUGAGCCUGGUGAUACCAUCCUGUUCACAACCGACUACACCAAGGACCCCUAUGACGACGAUGAUCCAACCGUGUACAUCCGCACGGGUUUCACACGAUCGCAAGAGUUGGCGGAGGAGCAUGCUGCCCAGGCCCCAGCUAAGUCCUUUGAAGAGCUUGUCCCAGAACAGUACCAACCAUGGAUUAAGGUGUUUGACAAGAAAGUCUCGGAACGCCUACCGGAACACAGCAAACACGACCAUGCUAUUGACCUCAAGCCGGAGUUUGAGAAGCGUUUAGAGACCCAUCCCAUCAACGCCAAGCU